AUGGCAUCGGUCUGCCGGCUGUUGACUCGAAGUCGUGUCCAGUUGCCUACCUUCUUAAAUGCGCGUCGCUUCUCACACCUUGUUGACAAUCCCUCGAGGAAAGUCCAAGUCUAUACAUCGGCAAGCCGGGACCCAUGGCUCAACCUCUCCAUUGAGCACUUCCUCCUGCAGAAGUCUCCGCCAGAGUCGGUCGUCCUGUUUCUAUACACGAAUCGCCCGUGUGUAGUUAUUGGCCGCAACCAGAACCCUUGGUUAGAGGUCAAUCUGGGCUUGAUCAAUCGACGGGGCCUGCUCGCAGAUCCGAACGAGGCGGUGUCGCUGGUCAGGCGUCGCUCGGGUGGCGGCACCGUGUUUCAUGAUCAUGGCAACAUCAACUACAGCGUCAUCUGCCCUCCUGCGGCCUUUGACCGCAACAAGCACGCCGAGAUGGUGGUCCGGGCUCUGCAAAACCUCGGAAGGAAAACAGUUCGGGUUAACGAGCGGCAUGAUAUAGUCAUUGAUGUGCCAGAAGAAGCGGGGCAAGCGACCUACAAGAUCUCAGGGUCUGCAUACAAGCUCACCAGGCUACGCUCACUGCACCAUGGAACGUGUCUGCUGGGAACACCCAAUAUCGACAGGAUAGGACAGUUCCUCCGGUCUCCAGCUGCGCCGUACAUCACAGCCCAGGGCGUGGAAAGCGUGCGGUCGAAGAUUAAGAAUGUUGGUAUCGACAACAGUGACUUCGAAUCAGCAGCCAUCGCCGAGUUUGGGGGAAUGUACGGUGAUGUCCAGGCCCACGUCAUUUCCGAAGCGGAAGCCCGGGAAAAUAAGGACAUCAUGAAGGGAUAUGAUGAGAUAACAGAUGAGAAGUGGACGUUUGAGCAAACCCCCCGCUUCAUAUUCUCAACGCAUCCGACGGAAAGAUUUGAGAAGGUCCCACCACCUUUGCCUGACCAUCUUGAAGACCAUUUCGAAGCAUUCAUCGAAGCGCGACAUGGAGAGAUUCUCACUGGAGAGAUCGACGGCUUGUUUCCUCCCAAUGCAUUGGACGGUUCACACCUCCAUAAAAUAAAUGACUGGCGUAUCUACAGGGAAGGCCGGGAAGGAGAAUGGCUGAAUGAGCUAUUCGGCGUACGACUGGACACAAAAGCGUGA